CCCAUCUCUACAGUGAGACGUUGUAAAUGCUCUGCCUCAGAGUCUACCUUAAAAUAUCAAGUGAUUGUGGAUUUUUUCCCAUGAGCAGAAAAUUACACAUCACUCCUGGAUACAAAACAUCUGGACAACAAAAGGCUCCGAGGAGUUUAACUGAGGCAGCUGUGACGGAGCACAGCAGACGGACCGAUUUCUUCAACAUGAAUCCUUCUCUGGUGGCGUUGGUGUUGUCAUUGCUGGCCACAGUGGCACCUCAGUCUCAUGAUCAUCAUGACAUGGCCUGGGUCAACGGCUACCGCCAGAGCUUCAACUUCCAGUGUGCCCACGGAGAGGUCCUCGUGGCCACCAGGAGCUACUUCAGUGAGAAGGACGGCUCCGACCGCUUGUGGUCUUUUGAGUGCCAGGCCACACCUGAGGGUCUGGGGGAGCCCAGUGACUGCUGGUGGGACGACAUCAACCGUGCAGGGAUUGAGUGGACUUCAACUUGUACCCGCAACGGCCUUGUAGCGGGUGUACAAAGCAAGUACUUUGAAUCUGUUCUUGACCGGGAAUGGCAGUUCUAUUGCUGCUAUUACAAACGGCGUUGUCCCUACUCCUGCAUGAAAACCAAUGACAUUCCUGAAUACUACAGAGAAGAGGGAGAGCUGGUGAUCCCUAGUUAUGGAUACUUCAUCCGAGGUGCCCAGACCACCUUCAGUGGAGUGCUAAGAGAUCGGCAAUGGAAGUACAUCCUGUGCAGAAUGACAGACUUUGACUGUGAAUUUGAGAAUUUAUAGAUUUGUAAGCAGCAUUUUUACCUAACUAUAAACAGUUCUAACUAAAAUACAUAUUUACUCAUGCAUUUAAAUAAAAACAUAAGAUCAACAUUAUACAGUACUGAUAUGGUUCACAUUUUCAUUCAUGUAUUUAGCACAGGCAUAUGAUAUAUGCCUGUAUAAUCACUGUUUUUGUAGUCUAGCAAGCAAAAUUACUGCUCAUAUAAAGGUAAAAUAAAGAUCAACACCAAGGGUCUACAGCAGAUUUGGGCUCCGCCAGACACUUUGGACAGCUCAAGUGUUUACAUUUAGUUGCAGGAGGAAAUUGAAGUCCUUUGGCAACGAAUGAAAGCGGUUUUACAAAACAAACUCUAUUAAUUAAUGCUGUGUUUAUGAUGGUGGAAAACACUCCGUCAGGCUCUGUUCCAAGACUUCUUAGUUGGGGUCACAAGACAAAAGAGGUUUACACCAUUUUCGUGCUCAUAAAAGUAUUCCGGGAGCUGCAGGGUGUGACUGAUUGUGAUAUUGUCCUGGAAGUAACACUUGGAACAGUUGUGUAUGUGUUGGAAGUAAUGAAAGGCUCUUUCAGAAUCACCGGCAACAUGAACUUUGCAUGGAAUGAAAUGUGUCCCACCUGAUUUCAAUUGACUUCACAUCACUCCUUUGUCAAAGUGUCUUGUUCAGUUUGCCAAUUACAGCUAUAUACUGUACUGAAACUCAUAUGACUGUACUCUUUAGAUAACUUUAGAUUAAUAUUACUUUAGAUUACUUUGUAAGGCCAUUUAUUUAAUGUAAAGGUAAAGUAUGUUCAUUCAUUAAGGAUUUGUUUUUAAUUUUUUUACAUGAAGCCAAAAGUCAUCUUGCACAAUGAAAAACAGAUCAAAUAACACAGUAUAUGAUGUUUAAAAUCAAAUAUAAGCAUACUAGUUGAAGUAGCAUUUAAGUAUCUGAAUACAAUACACUAAAAUUGUCUGAGAGUAUAAGCCUUCCAAAAGCACAGAGAGGAUGUACUCAGCCAUGACGAUAUCAACAGCUCCUUUGGGCUUCACUUGGCUGAAGAUAAACUCAACACCAAUUUAUAUUGCCAUAACACAAAGCCUGGAGAAAUAGUGUGUUUUGUGUGCUCACAUGCUGAUGGAAGGGCCUGACAUCAUGGAUCAACAGCUAAUCUGUUUUUGCGACAUGUGAAAUUUUUGCUAAACAUGGAGGAAAAUAUGUAAACAAAUGUAUCUCAUGCAAUUUAAAGUAAUUAUUAAGCAUUUUAAAGUUUUUAACAGUUUAUCAUUUGGGAAAUACACUUUCUCGUUGAGAGCUAGAGGAGAGGAUGUCCUGUAAUAUGUCUGAUAAAAAUAUAAAGCUAAAGCCGCAGCUGGUUAGCUUUGCUUAUCUUAGCGUAAAGACUGGCUCUUACCAGAGGUAACAAAAUCGGCCUACCAAGCUCUCUGAGCCUAAUAAUGAACAAGUUAGGUCUUUGUUUGUUUAGUCCGUACAUAAUCUGAAGUGUAAGAAACAAUAAGUUGCUUUCAUCUUCUACCUUAAGAAAUAGACAGCCUAGCUGUAUCUCACUGCUUUCAGUCUUUAUGCUAAGCUAACUAUCUGAUAGAUGUUGAACUAUUCCUUUAAGGAAGUUAUAGUUACUUGUAAUGAUGGUUAAUCAAGCUAACGACAAAUACAUGAACAAAAGCAUGUUUACAUUGAGGCAUGAAAGUUCCUUUUUGACUUUGGAAAGUCUGAAAAAAAACAAUCCUAACUCAAGGUCCGCUUACUAGCUUUUUCAGAGCUUUCAACCACAUCAUUUAGUUGAACUUUUGUGCUUCACCUUCGAGGUAACAUGGAUGAAAGGUCCUAAAACUGCUAUGGAUGAAAUCGUAACAGCUACUGAGCUUUCAUGUCAACAGAUCCAUCUCCACGUCAAAUGAGCAAACUUUUGUCUUCUAAUGAAGACAAUGUGUUGAAAGCUCCAGAAAAAGUUAUUAAGUGGACC